GGGAUUAAAAAAAAACAAAAAACACAGGAGCAGGAACCCCGAUCUUGGUAUAAAAAGAUGGUUCCAUCUGAGGUGGGGUGUGAUUGAUAUCUACUCCCGCACCGCCCGCUCUGUGCAACGGUCCCACCACUCCCGGGCGAGCUGCGGUGGUUCCUCCCAGUGGGAGCGCCGCUGUGCUGCGUGGGCGUGAGGUACAGCUCGCUUCCUUCUCCCUGUUUGCUCCAGCUUCCACAAACAGGGCAAUAAAGUUGGGCUCCUGCAACCGAGAUGCUGUCACGGUCCCCUUGUGUUUACCGCACGCUGCGUCGGUCCCUGUCAGCGGCGAGCCAGGUUUAUAAUUUGGGUAUUCAACAAAGUUUAUCGGGUCACUCAAUCUGCACCCAAUUCGUUUACAGGAAAUCUCAGCUGCGUAGAUGUCUGGCCUCAUCAGAUUCAUUCCUCUGCAGAUAUUUUAGGACAUCUGCCGUUUACAACAAUGAAUUGGUCACAGUCAACACUCCUCCAUUUGCUGAGUCAGUCACAGAGGGUGAUGUAAGGUGGGAAAAAGCGGUGGGUGAUUCGGUAACAGAAGACGAAGUGGUGUGCGAAGUCGAGACUGACAAGACGUCAAUUCAAGUCCCAACUCCUGCAGCUGGUGUGAUCGAGGAGCUGCUGGUCCCUGAUGGAGGGAGGGUGGAAUCAGGCACUCCCCUGUUCAAACUACAGAAAGGAGCUCCUCCAUCUGCCAAAGCUGCUCCCUCUGCAGCUACAGAGGAUGUCCUUCCUCCUCCACCACCUCCACCUCAGCCGUCCAUUUCUGCUCCACCCCCACCUGUUUCUGUUGUCAAACGCAGUCCUGCACCACCCGCUCCUCCAGCAGCAGGAGUCAGAGGAGAAAACAGGGUGAGGAUGAGCCGAAUGAGGCUGAGGAUUGCUGAGAGACUGAAGGAAGCUCAGAACACCUGCGCCAUGCUGACCACCUUCAACGAAAUAGACAUGACUAACGUCAAGGAAAUGAGGGAACUCUACAAGGAGGCGUUUCUAACGAAGCACAACGCCAAGCUGGGUUUUAUGUCUGCUUUCGCUAAGGCGGCUUCACAUGCGCUGAUGGAUCAACCCGCCGUCAACGCUGUUAUUGAUGAAGCAACCAAAGAGAUUGUAUACAGAGAUUAUGUGGACAUCAGCAUCGCUGUGGCAACUCCGAAGGGACUUGUAGUACCGGUGCUGCGAAAUGUGGAGUCCAUGAACUAUGCUGAGAUUGAGAGAACCAUAAAUGCUCUGGGAGAAAAGGCUCGUAAAAAUGAGCUUUCGGUUGAAGAUAUGGAUGGAGGAACGUUCACCAUCAGCAACGGUGGCGUGUUUGGCUCCUUGUUUGGCACACCCAUCGUCAACCCCCCGCAGUCGGCCAUUCUCGGCAUGCACGGCGUCUUCGACAGACCUGUGGCCAUCAAUGGACAGGUUGAGGUCCGACCCAUGAUGUACGUGGCGCUGUCGUACGACCAUCGGCUCAUCGACGGCAGAGAAGCGGUCACUUUCUUGCGCAAGAUCAAAGCAGUGGUAGAAGAUCCACGGCUGCUGCUGCUGGACAUGUGAUGUUGCAAAUGCCUUAUUACUCUUUAGAAAUACUCGACUGCGCUAGACGAACCCAUCAAAGCCAAGAUCCGCCCACAUUAGCCCGCACAGCUGCUGCUGUUGUCAGAAACUCAGGCGAACUGGGCGAAGAAUUGAAAUGCUGUUGCAACAUUCCUAAACUCAAAUGUUGUUUAACUUUUGGCUUCGGUUUAAUCAGUACAACACUUCCUGUCUUUUAUCAGUGAUUUUCUUUUUAAUGUUUUCAUCAUAGGUUUUGUUUUGAAGAAUCCCACAUUGAUUUAUAUAAAUGUGCUAUAUUUAUAGCACAUUUGUAGCACCUAAUACUACCAAUACCAAGCUAAAAGGCUUUCGAUUAGGUUGGUGUUUUAUCAGAACAGCAUAGUGUUCUAGUGCUUUUUUUUUUUAAUCCAACAUUUAAUUUGAGUGCAAAAACCUAAAAUCUUACAUUAAUAAAUAAUUAUUUCAGCAAAACCACUGGUGCCUCGAGCAUUGGCAGCCCUUACAAUUCCUUUAAAGUAACUACAAUUGUUGCAUUUUUAUUUUUUUUAUUUAUUAAGUUCAUCAUAUUGUCUAGGAGUAUUUAUUUAGUAAUCCGCAACUCUGUUACCUAGGGAAUAAAUACUGUGUAACACGGAGGCUCGUUUAACCACUCUGCACAGUGGAAAAGAGAGGAAAACAUUCAAAUAAAACCAGGCAGAUUUGUGUUGAUCUUAAUAUUGCAGGGUGAAGUACAAAGAAAAUCAGCUACUCGGCUAAAUUUGCCCAUAUCUGCAGUCAGAGCAGUGAUUAGAAAUAUUAAAACUCCUACAAUUUUGACAAAUGAGGCUGGAGAAUGUCUCACAGUUAUCCUGCCAUCACACACAAGCUGGGGGACGGUAAGGGAGAUAAUAGUAAUGGAUAAAAAUGUCCAGAGCUCACAGUACAAAAACUGCUGCAAAGGGUGAAACUUGUGUCUCCGUAGCAACCAUUUAUUUUAAUGGAUUUGGAGAAAUCUUUACUAGGAGUGCCAGUCAUACUGUAGGGCUCCGUUAUUGAGUUUAAAGGUUGUUUUCUGCAUCAAAAUGAGAUUCUGUGGUCUCAAUUUUUAGAUUUUGUAAUGAAUAAAUAAAAACGUUAUUUUCAUUACAAAAAAAAUAAAUCAUAAAAAUGUACAUUUGCAAACCAUGCCAAAUCAAAUAUAAAUUUGCAUACUUAGCUGCAAAUUUAUAUUCUGGUAACAGUCUUUUUUUUUUUUUUUUUUUUUCCAUAAAGACUUGGAAGUAUUAUGCCGGCAAAAAUGAAAGCACGCGCCUCAGGUAGCAAGCACCUCAUUUGUCAAUCUUUGCUGAAACAUUUUAUCUCGUGCCAAAUCCGUCCCGCUCCUCCAGUUCUGAUCAGGCGGAUGAGCUGUGUGCCAAACGGUGGAUCUUCAAAGCCCCAUCGGGCCGCACGGCGCCCACCCCCCCACCACCACCACCUCACCUCCCCCGACUCUUGAGAUGCUUGGAAUAAUGGGAUCAUCUCUGACAAAGUCUUGAGGGUUGCUUGGCCUUUUCUCCCACUUCACAAACACAAGCUCAAGUGUGUGCAGCUGGGUAUGAUGCCUCUUCAGGGUUUCAUGUUUACUUUAAUAAUCGCGUGAAGGGGGUGACAAUAGCUCCUAAUGUACGUCUUUGUUUCUCUGCCAGAACCUACACAAAUGUCUGAACAACUCCGUUUGGAGGGAAAACACAGAAUUCAUUACGAGACAAAAACACCCCCUCCGCCCCCUCCAGAAACAUUCAAUUACCAUGAGAAUACUGGAGGUUCUAAUGGGUCCAAAUACAGCAAACAAUGACACAAGAGCCCCUUUAAUUUAAUUAUUUACUUUUAUGACGGCUCAAGAUUCCAUUAGCGCUUUUGAGAUCAUGCUAAUUGGCAGCGUGUGCCGGGGGUGCAUAGAUAUCCGAGAGGGUUUGUUGGCAGGUUUUUUAUGUUUGUCUUGGAAAUUUGGCCAAAUCUGUGAAUUUACAAUCAGACUGCUCAAUAAGACGUGGGUUUCAAGUCUUUGUGUCCAUUCAGAUGAAAGAUGGCACAUCAGAAAUUGGCAGCUAGGUGUUUGUUUUCAUUAAGCCACAUCAGAGAGAUAAUUUACCUAAAUUAUUCUGUUUUGCUUCUCUUCUAAACAGGCUAAUUAUUUCAAUUCCAUUUUAUAAGAACUCUGUAUGAUCAGUGUAAUUUAAACUGUUUUUUUUAUAACUAAAUGGCUGUUCCCGAA